GCCCGUAUGUGUAUAUAUUUGGACAUCCCGGAUAAUUAUUAACACUAGCCCGGAUACGUGUCAAUACUAUCCCGGAUACUUAUUUGACUAGCCCGGAUACUCAGUACUAUCCCGGAGGUUUGACAUGGGAACAUUGACAGAGGAAAUUGUUCUUUCCAGAACGAGAGCGAAAUGCUUGGAAAGAGUGAAACAUUUGAACUGCUGGGGUUUACAGCUGGAAGAUGUUUCUCUAUUGAAGCGCAUGCCGAAUGUCGAGGUGCUCAAUCUCAGUGUGAACAAGAUUGCAUCACUCGAACCGUUGGCAUCUUGCGUGAGACUACGUGAGCUCUACUUCAGAGAUAACGAGAUCACUGACGUCAACCAACUCGACCAUCUUACUGUAUUACCCAAUUUGCGUGUUCUGUGGCUGCAAGGCAACCCGUGCUGUAGCGAGUCCGAAUAUCGUCCUGCAGUGCUGCAGCUGCUGCCAAACUUGAAGCGGCUGGAUAACAUUGCUGUACAAGGUGAGACGACUGGGCUGUUGACCGAGACUGAAGAAGUUGAUGGAAAUCGAAGGAGCAGUUUGAGUGGAAGGGGAGACAGCAACCGAGAUGACUCAAACGUCCUGAAGGCGGUAAUGCUGUUGGUGAAUGAAUUAGAUGUGGACGGUUUGAACUGCUUACAACGCAAAGUCAGUGAAAAACUACGCUCUUUGACUUCUUUGACUUCCUCGUAGACAGUGUACACACGUUCUACGUUAUUUUAUCUACGUAUGAUGCAAUUUUUCGUUCUGUUUACGCGAUGGCGGGAAGGAGGCGGGUCGUCGUUGCGGAAUACCCUUCUCGUGAGCCCUUCGCUCUGAUUGGUGGGUUCGAGUGAUAGCGCC